CUUCGUCUCUCUGUUGCAGGACCAAACAUCUGUACCACACGAGGCGUGAGCUCCUGCCAGCAAUGUCUGGCUGUGAGUCCCAUGUGUGCCUGGUGCUCAGAUCAGACCCUGACUCCGGGCUCACCCCGCUGUAACCUGAAGGAGAAUCUGCUGAAGGAUAACUGUGCCCUGGAGUCCAUCGAGUUCCCCCUCAGUGAGGUCCGCAUCUUGGAGGCCAGGCCUCUCAGCGACAAGGGCUCUGGAGACAGUUCCCAAAUCACUCAAGUCAGUCCCCAGAGGAUUGCGCUCCGGCUCCGGCCAGAUGAUUCGAAGAGUUUCUCCAUCCAAGUCCGGCAGGUGGAGGACUACCCUGUGGACAUCUACUACUUGAUGGACCUGUCUUACUCCAUGAAAGAUGAUCUGUCGAGCAUCCAGAACCUGGGUACCAAGCUGGCCUCCCAGAUGCGCAAGCUCACCAGUAACCUGCGGAUUGGCUUUGGGGCCUUUGUGGACAAGCCUGCAUCACCAUACAUGUACAUCUCCCCACCAGAGGCCCUCAAAAACCCCUGCUACGAUAUGAAGGCUACCUGUUUGCCCAUGUUUGGCUACAAACAUGUGCUGACACUAACUGACCAGGUGAACCGCUUCAACGAGGAGGUGAAGAAGCAGAGUGUGUCACGGAACCGAGACGGCCCAGAGGGUGGCUUUGAUGCCAUCAUGCAGGCUACAGUCUGCGAUGAGAAGAUUGGCUGGAGGAAUGAUGCAUCCCACUUGCUGGUGUUUACCACUGAUGCCAAGACCCAUAUAGCACUGGAUGGAAGGCUAGCAGGCAUUGUCCAGCCCAAUGACGGGCAGUGCCACGUUGGCAGUGACAACCAUUACUCUGCUUCCACUACCAUGGAUUAUCCCUCUUUGGGGCUGAUGACCGAGAAGCUGUCCCAGAAAAACAUCAAUCUGAUCUUUGCGGUGACUGAAGGAGUAGUCAAACUCUACCAGAACUACAGUGAGCUCAUCCCAGGGACUACAGUGGGGGUUCUGUCUGCUGAUUCCAGCAAUGUCCUCCAGCUCAUUGUUGAUUCCUAUGGGAAAAUUCGCUCUAAAGUUGAGCUGGAGGUUCGUGACCUUCCCGAGGAGUUGUCUCUAUCCUUCAACGCCACUUGUCUCAACAACGAGGUCAUCCCAGGCCUUAAGUCUUGUGUUGGACUCAAGAUUGGAGACACGGUGAGCUUCAGCAUCGAGGCCAAGGUGCGAGGCUGCCCCCAGGAGAAGGAGAAGUCCUUUACCAUCAAGCCUGUGGGCUUCAAGGACAGCCUCACCGUCCAGGUCACCUUCGACUGUGACUGUGCCUGCCAGGCCCAUGCCGAGCCUUACAGCCGCCGCUGCAACAAUGGCAAUGGGACCUUUGAGUGCGGGGUGUGCCGCUGCGGGCCUGGCUGGCUGGGGUCCCAGUGUGAGUGCUCAGAGGAGGACUACCGCCCCUCCCAGCAGGACGAGUGCAGCCCCCAGGAGGGCCAGCCUGUCUGCAGCCAGCGGGGCGAGUGUCUCUGUGGCCAGUGCGUCUGCCACAGCAGUGACUUUGGCAAGAUCACGGGCAAGUACUGCGAGUGUGAUGACUUCUCCUGUGUCCGCUACAAGGGGGAGAUGUGCUCGGGCCAUGGCCAGUGCAGCUGUGGGGACUGCCUGUGUGACUCCGACUGGACCGGCUACUACUGCAACUGUACCACGCGCACCGACACCUGCAUGUCCAGUAACGGGCUGCUGUGCAGCGGCCGGGGCAAGUGCGAGUGCGGCAGCUGCGUCUGCAUCCAGCCGGGCUCCUACGGGACCACCUGUGAGAAGUGUCCCACCUGCCCUGAUGCCUGCACCUUUAAGAAGGAGUGUGUCGAGUGUAAGAAGUUCGACCACGGAACCCUAUACACGGAAAACACCUGCAACCGUUACUGUCGUGAUGAGGUUGAGUCUGUGAAGGAGCUUAAGGACACUGGCAAGGAUGCAGUGAAUUGCACCUACAAGAAUGAGGAUGACUGUGUCAUCAGAUUCCAGUACUAUGAAGACUCCAGUGGAAAGUCCAUCCUGUAUGUGGUAGAAGAGCCAGAGUGUCCCAAGGGCCCCGACAUCCUGGUGGUCCUGCUCUCAGUGAUGGGGGCCAUUCUGCUCAUUGGUCUUGCUACUCUGCUCAUCUGGAAGCUCCUCAUCACCAUCCAUGACCGGAAGGAGUUUGCGAAAUUUGAGGAAGAACGAGCCAGAGCAAAAUGGGACACGGCCAACAACCCACUGUAUAAAGAGGCCACAUCCACCUUCACCAACAUCACCUACCGGGGCACUUAAUGACAAGCAGUCGUCCUCAGAUCACUAGCAGAGUGUCCCAGGAUUGUGGGCAACUCUGCCGUCAUGUUUACAGGGGACAGUAUCUGUGGGGCGGGAUUGGGGACUUGGAGUGAGGUGGGGUGGGAGAAUGUGAAUGCGUGGAAGUGUGGGUCUCUGUGCAUGAGAGCGUGUGAGUGGGUUGCGUAUGGGGGAAUGUGUAAUUUAAAACUCGUGGCGUGUCCCAGAUCAGCAGAGCUCCUCAGCCUUUGUCCUCAGAAUGCCUCCUUCAGGGAUUCCUCCUGCUUAACCUGAGGGUGACCUGCGUAGCUGAGCAGAUGUUCUUCAUUACCUCAGAGAGAAGCCAGCUUUCCUUCUCCGGCCAUUCUCCCUGAAGAACAGAGCAGGGCUGAGGCCUCUCAUUCCAGAGAACGGGACUUUGAUUCCGCCCUGAGUUUAUGGUUCUUGGGCCUGACUCUCAGCAGCUAUGGCAGGAAUUGCUGGGCUGUGUAGCCUUGUGUCACCUGUUCCCGUCUCCUUUCCCCUCCCUCAGGCUGAAGGAGAAUUCAGGGGAGAGCCGAAUCAUCAGAGCUGCCCGUGCCUUUGGCUAUCCCCUCAACCCAGCAUGGUUCUCUCAGUAGGGGAGUCCUUGCUACUGAAUUCUUUCAUCUAUUGGGAGAGAGGAUGGCAGGGCCAUCCAGGGGUCAUGCAUGGCCUGGGGAAUGUGCCAGGGUCCCGCAGCUCAAAAUGACCCUUCAGAUUUGUCCCAUUGGCAGCUCCAUCCUAGAGGUUCAUUUAGAAGUGUUUCACCCUUAGACCAGCACUGCCUCUUACCUCCUAUUUCCACAUGCUCACUGCUGUAGAUGUUUGCUGCAUACUGGGACUUUCAUGGCCAAAAGCUUUUCCUCCCAGAAAGGGUGCUAUGGUUAGAGCCAGAGGUCUGGCCCACCCUCAGGCCUUCUGCCCUUGUCCAAGGCACUUCCACACACUCUACCCUGUGCUUUUAUGUGCUAAAUCCAUCCACGGGGAUGAUUGCCUUUAUCUACCUCUGGGGUGUCUUGAGAAGGAGUCAUUCCCACGGGUCUCUGAGUCUGUGCUGGGCAUAAGUGCCAGGGUGAAAUGAUGGGCCAGUUGCAUCAGCAUGUGUGGCCUAUUCUCCCUCGGGCUGGGCAACCUCAUUUUAACUCAGUCGUUAAUCUGAGAGGUCACAAGUGCAAUUUUCUUUUCUUUUUCUCAUUGGGGCACCUGGGACCACAAUGAGGCUUAAACUAAAGGACCAUGUAUAUAAACACACUUGUAUUAUAUUUGUAAUUUUAUUUGAUGACAAGGAAGGAGAGUAUAAAAAAGCCACAGAGACUUGGGCUGGAUAUAGACAGCCCCAUGUGGCAUCACUCAGAGCAAGUCAUUGCCCAGUUGUGGGAUCUGUAAAGGCUUUCUUAUCCUGGAAGCCUGUGGGGAUGGAUGCAUGGACAUGCUGGUCCUUUCCUGAGGAGGAGGGAAAUGGCCAAUAGCAAUAGCAGUUGCUCCAUUGGUGUUUACAUUAACAACUACCCUCUCAGUCUCCAAGAAAAAGGGGAGGAUCUAUAAACAGUGAUCUGAUGAUCAGAAAAUCUAAGAUCUGGCCUCAGUGUUGCAGUUAAGGAAUCUUUAAACGUAAUUAAGACAAGUCACUUUGUUCUCCCUGAGGCUCAGUUCUCUAGUUCGAAAAAUGAUGGGUUUGGACCAGUCAGU